AUGAUUAAUGUUGUUGUAGGAAGUAACGAGAAAUCAUUAGCAGCUGUACAACUUUAUCGAAGAGCUGGCAAAUAUUUGGAAGCAGCUCGUAUUAUUUUUGAUGUUGCAAAUGAUGAACGUAUGAAGCAAGCUGAAAUUUUACGCUUAAAAAAACUUUACGUAAUGGGCGCUCUUCUUAUUGAACAGUAUCACGAACAAAACAAAUCAGAAAUUGCUAAGGAGUCAAUGAAAAAAUCAGAUACUGAAAUAGCUCUGAAAGGAUUGCUAGAAAUGGAUUGUAAAAUUUCACUUGCUGAUAGCACUCUCAUUGAUAAUGCAUGGCGUGGUGCUGAAGCAUAUCAUUUUUAUAUGCUUGCACAUCGGCAACUCUAUAGCGGUGAUAUGGAUAAAGCAAUGACGACAGCCCUACAUUUGACGGAUUAUGAAGAUCUUAUCGAUCCGGCCGAAAUUUAUUCUCUUCUUGCUUUAUCGAGUUGCGCUGCGCGACAGUUUGCAGUAUGCAGUCGUGCAUUCAUUAAACUAGAAAGUUUGGAAACAUUUGCAGCAGAUGAGAAGGAAACUUAUAAAAAACUUGCAAUAAAAAUUUUUACUAAAUAUCCACCGAAAGAUACACGAAUGAAUAAGGUGGAAUGUACGAGCUGCUAUGCACAAAUUCAAGAUUAUUGUCAAGUAUGCCCAUCGUGUGAUAUUAAAUUUCCAACAUGUGUGGCAACCGGUCGACCACUUCUUGGUCAUCAGUUUUGGCUUUGCCAAACUUGCAAACAUCGUGCCUAUGAGGAGGAAAUUAAUUUAUUGCAAUUUUGCCCAUUAUGUCAUGCGAAGCUAUGA